UUUUCCUUUUUUUUGCGCAUAGUGUUCAGUUUAUUUUCCAACUUCGAUGGAUCCACCCCGCAGAUAGUGUGACGUCCGUCUCCUCCGCGGCUCCGCCUAACCAAACCCGCCGCUCUGUUGUCUCUUUCGUAUAUGGCCGGCGCAAGAUCGGCGGCAACCAGGCUCACACACUCUUCGCUAUUCCUACUGUCUCGCGCCGCCGCAGCGGCUGCGACCCGCCGUACCAAUCUCCCCUCCUCCUCGAGAGAUUAUUCAAAGAUGGCUAGUUCAGUUGGAGGCAAUGGCUACAGUGAUGUUACACGGGUGCUAUUCUGUGGCCACUAUUGGCCUGCUUCUACUAUUUAUACGAAGGAGUACUUGCAAAACUAUCCAUUUAUUCAGGUUGACGAAGUAGGCCUUGAUCACGUACCUGAUGUUAUUCAAAACUACCAUAUAUGUGUAGUGAAAAAUAAAUGUAUAGAUUCAGAUAUCAUUGCCAAAGCAACUAAGAUGAAGAUUAUUAUGCAGUAUGGUGUUGGUUUAGAAGGUGUUGACAUAAAUGCUGCUACAGAACAGAAAAUCAAAGUUGCACGGAUACCUGGGAGUACUACAGGAAAUGCAAUUGCUUGCGCAGAAAUGGCUAUCUAUCUAACUUUAGGUGUUCUGCGGAACCAAAAGGAAAUGGAUACUGCUGUCAUUCAGAAGGACUUGGGCCUUCCAGUUGGAGAAACAAUAUUCGGGAAAACAAUACUUAUCCUGGGGUUCGGAGCCAUUGGCAUGGAAAUUGCCAAGAGACUAAGACCAUUUGGAGUGAAAAUUCUUGCUACAAAAAGAAACUGGUCAUCAAAUACAGUGUCUUGUGAUAUUGAUGGGCUGGUUGACAAGAAAGGUGGUCCAGAAGAUAUGUACGAACUCGCUCGAGAAGCUGACAUAGUUAUAACUUGCAUGACGUUAAACAAUGAAUCAGUUGGGAUUGUGGAUCACAAGUUCCUGUCAGCUUUGAAAAAGGGAUCAUAUCUCAUCAAUAUUGCCAGAGGACGCCUACUGGACUAUACGGCUGUGUUUAAUCACCUUGAGUCAGGUCAUUUAGGUGGUUUGGGCAUUGAUGUUGCUUGGACGGAGCCAUUCGAUCCAGAGGAUCCAAUUCUGAAAUUCCCAAAUGUUAUUAUAACACCACAUGUUGCAGGAAUCACAGAAUACUCUUACAGAACCAUGGCAAAGGUUGUUGGUGAUGUCGCUCUCAAGCUUCAUGCAGGAGAGCCAUUCACCGAAAUAGAAUUUGUGAACUAGGCAAACUGAGUAGAUGGCGGCAUUGUUGAUUUAAUUUAAGACGUAUUACUAGACCCAGAAUUACCAAAUAAAGGCAAAUGUUAUGGACGAUACCAAAUAAAGGCAAAUGUUAUGGACGAUACCAAAUAAAGGCAAAUGUUAUGGACGAUUGCAUUACUGGAGAAUCAUAGGAAUUCGACCGGUUUAUUGAUGUAAAGCAUUGUUGUCUGUCUGAUUGCAAACAUGUGAAGCGUUAGCAGCAAAUUUCUGCAUCUCUGUUGCAUACAA